GUUGGUGAAACUUCAUUCCUGGACCAGGAAAAUGCACCAGUUACAGCUAAAAAAAAGAAGACCAAGAACAGUAUUCAGCAAAAGAUAAUGGCAGCUGUGAAAGAAAGUUGUUCUCAAAUUGUGGAACCAAGAGCUGUGAGAGGGCAGGAGGAAUCAUUUUCAUCAAGUCCCCUGUCACCUAAGCCAUAUGAGAGUUCAGACAAGGCUGAGAAGAUUAAAGAAUUAAAAGAUGAAAUAAAAGAACUACAGGAAGAUUUAAAAUAUGAGCUGCGCUUCAGGAUAAAAGCAGAGAGAGAACUGAGGGAGUGGAAAGAAAUUCAUGCAGUUGUGCAGGAGCUAAAAUGUACAGUUGGGGAAAUUAAGGGGAUGUGCAAUUCAAAAAAGAAACCUGACAUAUUGCAUAUGCCAUCAUCUUUUGAGGACACUGCUGGUCAAAACCAAGAACCACGCAUUGCUCAAGAAAGUGGGCAGGUAACUGAUUACAUCAACUUAGGAGAGGGGGUGACAAUAAAAAGAAGCCAAUUUGAGAGGAUCAACACCCAAGAUUUUAAAAAAUUUACAAGUGAGCUUCUCUUGGUGACCUUUGGGAGAGAAACUCUUGCCACACACUCUCUAAAUGGAAGAAAGGCGCCCAAUGCCGAUACCAGCAAGGAGGCACUUCCGGCUAACAAAGUGUCUGUCUUAAUAGGCUACAUCCAAAAACGGUUUCGUGUUUCCACAUCGGAGAUAAAGGCAGUCAUAAGAACCAAGCUUAACAAUGAGGACAAGCUCUUAAAAAAACGAAACCUCUCUGAAUGA